GCGAGAGGCUGGAGUGUGCGGCCGGGUGCGCGCGCGCGGGUGAGCGCGCGUUAGGGAUUCUGCCGGCAUCGCAGCGUGGAGAGCUGGAGCGGGGCGCGCGCGCUCGCUCGUUCCCUCCUCUCUCUCUCUCUCUCACACACACACACGCCCUGCCACCAUCUCGGAGCCGAGCUCUGCAGAGCGGGAACCCAGAUCCGAGCAGAGCACCGGAGGCGAGCCGAGCCGAGCCAGGUGAUGCGGGCCCGGAGCGGAGCUGCGCGCGGACGGCGCGCCCCGGGACGGUGUCCCGCUAAGGAGCCCCGAGCCUGGACUCCGGCCUGAGAGAGGGAUCCUGUGGUCAUGUCUCUACUGCCUUGAAUCCUUGAGGCUACAAAACCUCAGGCUUUGACCCUGCCCAGCCCCUGACCAGUUCCCAAGCUGACUCCUGUCCCUACCUCGUCUGAGGGGGUUCCUCAAGCUCCAAGACUCGCUGGGCACCGUAGUAGUUACGUGCAUGCGGGAACUUCGACCGACAGGCUGCUGCUUCCCUGGCCCCCAGACGCCCCUCUCUUUACCUCCCGACGCCAUCUGACCCAGGUGAGCGAGAGGAUGCUGUCGGGGGGCGUGAGGAGCGUGCCCAGCCCCCUCCUGGCCUGCUGGCAGCCCAUCCUCCUGCUGGUGUUGGGCUCCGUGCUGUCAGGCUCCGCCACGGGCUGCCCGCCCCGCUGCGAGUGCUCGGCCCAGGACCGCGCAGUACUCUGCCACCGCAAGCGCUUUGUGGCGGUGCCCGAGGGCAUCCCCACCGAGACGCGCCUGCUGGACCUGGGCAAGAACCGCAUCAAGACCCUCAACCAGGACGAGUUUGCGGGCUUCCCGCACCUGGAGGAGCUGGAGCUCAACGAGAACGUCGUGAGCGCCGUGGAGCCCGGCGCCUUCAACAACCUCUUCAACCUGCGGACGCUGGGGCUGCGCAGCAAUCGCCUGAAGCUCAUCCCGCUGGGCGUCUUCACCGGCCUCAGCAACCUGACCAAGCUGGACAUCAGCGAGAACAAGAUCGUCAUCCUGCUGGACUACAUGUUCCAGGACCUGUACAACCUCAAGUCUCUGGAGGUCGGUGACAACGACCUCGUCUACAUCUCCCACCGAGCCUUCAGUGGCCUCAACAGCCUGGAGCAGCUGACGCUGGAGAAAUGCAAUCUGACCUCCAUCCCCACCGAGGCGCUGUCCCACCUGCAUGGCCUCAUCGUCCUGCGGCUGCGCCAUCUCAAUAUCAAUGCCAUCCGGGACUAUUCCUUCAAGAGGCUGUACCGGCUCAAGGUCCUGGAGAUCUCCCACUGGCCCUACUUGGAUACGAUGACCCCCAACUGCCUCUACGGCCUCAACCUGACCUCCCUGUCCAUCACGCACUGCAAUCUGACCGCCGUGCCCUACCUGGCUGUGCGCCACCUGGUCUAUCUCCGCUUCCUCAACCUCUCCUACAACCCCAUCGGCACCAUCGAGGGCUCCAUGCUGCAUGAACUGCUCCGGCUUCAGGAGAUCCAGCUGGUGGGCGGGCAGCUGGCCGUGGUGGAGCCCUACGCCUUCCGCGGGCUCAACUACCUGCGCGUGCUCAACGUCUCCGGCAACCAGCUGACCACCCUGGAGGAGUCGGUCUUCCAUUCCGUGGGCAACCUGGAGACGCUCAUCCUGGACUCCAACCCACUGGCCUGCGACUGCCGGCUGCUGUGGGUGUUCCGGCGCCGCUGGCGGCUCAACUUCAACCGGCAGCAGCCCACGUGCGCCACGCCCGAGUUUGUGCAGGGCAAAGAGUUCAAGGACUUCCCGGACGUGCUCCUGCCCAACUACUUCACCUGCCGCCGGGCCCGCAUCCGGGACCGCAAGGCCCAGCAGGUGUUUGUGGACGAGGGUCACACGGUGCAGUUUGUGUGCCGGGCGGAUGGUGACCCACCGCCCGCCAUCCUCUGGCUCUCACCCCGCAAGCACUUGGUCUCGGCCAAGAGCAAUGGGCGGCUCACGGUCUUCCCCGACGGCACGCUGGAGGUGCGCUACGCGCAGGUACAGGACAACGGCACGUACCUGUGCAUCGCGGCCAACGCGGGCGGCAACGACUCCAUGCCCGCCCACCUGCACGUGCGCAGCUACUCGCCCGACUGGCCCCACCAACCCAACAAGACCUUCGCCUUCAUCUCCAACCAGCCGGGCGAGGGAGAGGCCAACAGCACCCGCGCCACCGUGCCUUUCCCCUUUGACAUCAAGACCCUCAUCAUUGCCACCACCAUGGGCUUCAUCUCCUUCCUGGGAGUCGUCCUCUUCUGCCUGGUGCUGCUGUUUCUGUGGAGCCGGGGCAAGGGCAACACGAAGCACAACAUUGAGAUUGAGUACGUGCCCAGGAAAUCAGAUGCGGGCAUCAGCUCCGCGGACGCACCACGCAAGUUCAACAUGAAGAUGAUCUGAGGACAGAGUUGGCGGGGGGCAGGGACCCCCCCCUCCCCCGGGCAUGCCAGGCAGGGGAAGGGGUCUGGCUGCUCCCUGCUCACCUCUAGCCUUCCCACCUUCUAGUUCUCCACACACACACGCACUCUCUCUCCCUCGCUCUCUCUCUCUCUCUCUCUCUCUCUCUCUCUCUCUCUCUGUGUCUCUCACCCACCCCUUCGUCCUGGCUGCUCCAUCAGCCCUCACCACCUGUCCUCCUGACUACCAGGACCUCAGAAGGCCAGGCCUGAGGACCCCACUGCACAGGGGCCAGAGUUGACAAGACCAGUCAGUCCAAAGCCAACAAACCGACAUGAGGCAGAGUCAAUAAUUCAAUUAAAAAAAAAAAAAGUUACGAACUUCUUCUGUAACUUGGGUUUCGAUAAUUAUGGAUUUUUAUGAAAACUUGAGAUAAUAAAAAGAGAAAAAAAAAACUAUUUCCUAUAGUUAGUCGGAAUGCAAACUUUUAACACGUCCUGAUGACUCCAGGGCCUUCUUCCAACUCAGUUUCUUGUUUUUCUCUUCCUCCUUUCUCUUCUCUUCCCCUGUGGGGAGGGGUCACUCAGGAAAACAGGAGAGGAGGCUCCAGCCCCCAAGCUCCCGCCCACCCUGCCAAGUAUCAUCAGGAGUGGCUAGAUGGCACUUCGGGGCCCCAGCUCUGGGCUGGCUUUUUGAAGUGGGUAGAGGGGACAGGACUGCCCAUCGGGGGUGGAGCCUGUCUGCUGGGCUGCCAGGCACGCCACUGCCAUGGGAAGGUGGGAUCCAGGCUCGGGUGUGGUUGACACACUGGACAGGAGUGGGUUGGGGUGGGGAGGGGGUCUUCCUAGAGGGACAGCAUAGUCAGUGGAAAGUUCCAGGAGCCAGAGGUGGGCCUAAGACCUAGCCUCUGGUCCCAGCCCUACUGCUCACUUGCUGUGUGACCUCCAGCAGGUCGCCAGGCCUCUCUGGGCCUCUCAGUCUCCAUAUCUGUACAAACGGGAGCAUUAUCCCUGCCCUGCCUACCUCACAGGGCUGUUGUGAGGAAUUGAUGAGAUGAUGUAUGUGAAACACUUUGUAAUCUGUAAAGCGCUGUGCACAUGUG